CAACAUUGUGGUCGACCAUCAAACCGAUGAAAUGCGAUGAAGAGAUUGUCAAAUCAAACGAAACAUUGGAAAACAAGUUGUUUAAGACACCGAAAACAGAUAAGAUUUUUGGUGAGGACUGUGUCUUACCGUUAGAGUGCACACGAGCUCUGCAUUUGACGUGCAUUUCAAGGCGUUGUUUUUGCGAUGAUGGCUAUCAUAAAGGCUUUAAUGAUACCUGUAUUUUAAUACCAGCUAAUAAUAGUUUGUCUGAACUAAUCAAUAAUACACCGAUGAUUCCCAUACUCGCUGUUUUAGGCAUAAUGUUUGUGGGCAUCUGUGUUGUACUUAAUCUAUUUAGUCGGGCCCGUUUCCGUAAAAGCCGAUCCAUUUUUGUAAACCCACAGCACUUGAGUCAGGCCAAAGCACAGGAGCGCAGGGCCUCACAGUUAUCSCAAAUGUCGGCACAUAAUAACAAUGGGUGCGUCCGGUCGCCAAUAAAGUCAUACUAUUCUCCUCGUAAUAGUUUAGCCGGUGUUUCGCCCACUCAUUCCUAUGACGGCAAACUUUAUUAUGGAAAUCAUAUACUUGAGAGGACCGGUAGUCCAUCAAACAGAUCCCGUUCCAACUCGACUGCAUCGCUGCAAAUUCAUUUGAAUACUAUAAGACCCGAACAUUUGACAUAAAUAUGAAUAGUUUUAUUAAUAUAUUGGAUAAUAUUAUAGUACUA